UCUGUUGGUACAAUCAAACGUUGAAAUAUUGAACGAUGAAGAAAUACAGGUGAUGGUCCAGGUGAUACAUAACCCUCGAGGUGGUGUAAGAAGAAAAAUCGAAACCCUUUUGGAACAUGAAAUCCGCAGAAAAAAAGCUCGUUAUCUUUACAAUCCAUUAAACUCGAAUAAUCAACUAUGUUUUGCCAUUAGCCUAGCAAGUCUGUUACAUCCUGAAUUUACAGAUAGCCAGGCUGUGGCGGAGGCUGAAAAAAUACAGAGAAAAGCGGGCUUAGACGAACAGACUUCCGUCACUUUCAGUCAUAUUCGUGAAUUUGAAAAAGUGGUACGUCGUAAAAUUGUCAUACUGUACAGAGAAGAGGGCCAACGACCCCUCUCACGGUUCGAGACGGAUUACCCCAAAUCAGAAAAUCCGUUGUAUCUGUAUUUAUCUCAGAAUCAUUACAGCGGUAUCAUUAACAUUAAAGGUUUUUUGUCAAAACCGUACGUUUGUCACUACUGUUACCAAGGGUACGACAAACCCAACAGACACAAAUGCGACGGCUAUUGCUUGGUCUGUACACAAAACGGGUGUGUAAAAAUAGAGGGGAAAACUGUGCUUUGCAGGGAUUGCAACAUGUGGUGUCGUUCUCCUGUAUGUCUCCUCAGACACAGGGUAAAACACCGGGUUAUGGAAAAACUCGUCAGCAACUGCGAUCGGCGAAAGAAAUGCCUUAAAUGCAACCUAUUUUACGAUGUACCUGUGGCUACAGGUAUCGCUAAACACACGUGCCCUAAGUUAAAAUGUCAAAUAUGUAAAGAAGAGCUACCUCGCAGUGACUCAGAGACACCUGAAACACGACAUCUUUGCUAUAUACAACCCCAACCACGUGAAGUAAACCACAAUGAUAAUAUCAUAUUCUAUGAUUUUGAGACGUUUGUCGAUGACAAUCACACUCACAUUCCCUUUCUAGUCUGUACCAAGACGCUGCAAGGAGAAGAGUGGUGUGCUUUUGGACUGGAUUGUGUUACAGUUUUCCUCAAUCAUUUCAGGAAACCUCGGUAUCUUAAAUCUACAUUUAUAGCCCACAAUUCGAGAGGAUUUGACGGUUACUUGAUUCUGAGAGGCAUGGUACAGCUGGGUAUAGCACCCUUAAUUAUCAUGCAGGGGAGUAAAGUUCUCUGUUUUAAAGACCCUGAUUUUUUGCAAAAAUACAUUGACUCGCUUUCCUUCCUUACCGUGCCGCUUAGCGCUAUGCCAAAAGCGUUAGGACUCGGUGAUUGCUGGUCCAAGGGGUAUUUUCCUCACAAAUUUAGUUCGGAGGAACAUUUAAAUUAUGUCGGAAAAUACCCCGCAAUCAGCAAUUACGGCGUAGAACGCAUGACACCUGUUGAACGCACCAAGUUUGAGACGUGGUAUCAAAAUGAGAAAAGCGAGGUCUUUGAUUUUCAAAAACAAGCGGUACACUACUGUAAAAACGACGUCAAUGUUCUUCGUGAGGGUUGCAUCAAAUUUAGAGCCGAGUUUACGAGCGAGACGGGUGUUGACCCCUUCUCCCGUAUCACCAUAGCCUCGGCCUGCAUGAAGGUGUUUGUGACUAAUUUCCUCGAGCCGCGUUCUCUAGCCAUACCUUCCCCGGAUAACUACCGAGGGUUGUGUAAAAAAUACUCACACACCAGCAUCCAAUGGUUAGAAUGGGAGUCGCAUCGUCGUGGUAUUUUCAUUCAGCAUGCUUUAAACAAAGGCGAAAAACAGAUGGGGGCAUACUUUGUGGAUGGGUUUGCUAUAAUCGGUGGCAAACCAUUCGUCUGGGAAUUUCAGGGGUGUUUUUAUCACGGAUGCCCGACGUGUUUCGAACCCGGUGCUGUAUGCCCUUUGACAAACACACCGUUCGAGGAGUUGCACAAGGCUACCGAGAAAAAAAUGAAAGCGUUAAAGCGUGACCACAAGGUCAACAUCAUCGUCAUCAGAGAGCACGAGUGGAAUGAAAUGAAAAAAUCAAACCCUAGGGUAAUAGACUUUCUCAAAACACGCAAUUACCCCGCACCUCUCAUGCCUCGAGACGCUCUUUAUGGAGGUAGGACAAGCGCCUUUUGCUUGAGGCACACGGCGGGUGAGAACCAGCGUGUAUUGUAUGAGGAUGUCACCUCUCUCUACCCAUACGUCAACAGCGCAUUUCCUUACCCCCUGGGUCAUCCUGUCAUCAUCCACACGGAUUUUGACGAUGUUGGAAACUAUUUCGGUCUGGUCAGAGCCGUUGUUCACCCUCCUCGAGGUCUCUAUUUCCCUGUGCUACCCUACAGAACGGUCAAGGGUAAACUAGUGUUUACACUUUGCCGCACAUGCGCAGAAAACAAUAACCAGCAGGAACCCUGCGAACAUGAUGAGGAAGGAAGGGCAUUGACGGGAGUCUGGGUCACGCUCGAAUUCAACAAAGCUUUACAGUUGGGAUACAGAGUCGGUAAGAUUACGGAGGUGUGGCACUUUGAAGAACGGAGUGAAACCGUUUUUACGGGUUAUGUUCAAACUUUCCUAAAGGGUAAGCAAGAAGCUUCAGGGUAUCCCAAAGAAGCCGUCGAUGCAGAAAGCAGGGAAAAGUACAUUCGUGAAUAUCGUGAAAAUCAGGGAAUACAGCUGGAUGCUGAAAAAAUCGAACCCAACCCUGCCAAGAGACAAAUGUCAAAACUCUGUUUAAACAGCCUUUGGGGAAAGUUUGCGGAGAGGCGCAAUAGAACUCAGACCAUCUUGGUGAGAAAAAGUGAAGUAUUUUUUGACUUUGUAUUUUCAGGAAAAUAUCAGGUUGAAUAUUUUUCCUUUCUCAACGAGCAAAUUGCUAUGGUGCAAUGGCAAUACAGUAAAAGCAGCGUGGUGCUUCCCGGUAACACAAAUAAUGUAUUUGUUGCUGCUUUUACCACCGCUUACGCACGUUUGAAAAUGUACGGUUACCUAGAGGGGUUGCAAGAGAGAGUUCUUUACACAGACACCGAUAGUUUAAUCUACACGGUAAACGAGGGGGAAGUUUCUCUGGAGACGGGGUCCUAUCUAGGCGAUUUGACGGAUGAGUUGGGAGGAGACAGCAUUCACGAAUUCGCCUCCGCCGGUCCAAAGAGUUAUGCCUACCAAACCCUGCAGGGUAAAAAAACUGUGCUGCGUGCCAAAGGAAUCACUCAAACCCGCGAGUGUUGUGAGAGGGUCAACUUUGACAGCGUUAAAGAUUUGGUGGAGGGCUAUCUGGAGGAAGACAAAACAGGUGCGAUCUACACCCCUCAUCACCAAAUUGUUCGUGAUAAAAGGGGGUUCCUUUUAAAUAACUCGUCUUUCGAAAAAAAGUUUCGAGUGGUGUAUGACAAAAGACGUCUCUUUCCCGACGGGAAAACUUUACCUUUCGGGUAUUAGAGAGGAAAUGGAAAAAAUGGAACGAGUAGACUUUGAUCCCAGAUUUCAUACACCUUUUUCAUGCCUGGUUGUAGGACCUAGUGGUUGCGGAAAUACUUUUUUUGUAAAAUGUGUAUUGGAAAAUUGUGAACACGUCAUGAAUUCUGUACCCGACAACAUUGUGUGGAUUUAUACAUCUUUCCAACCCAUGUAUGCUGAAUUAAAAAAGAUGAAUAAAAAAAUAAAAUUUGUUGAA